ACCCGUGGUGCGUCAAUUAAAGCGGCUUGCCGAUCGCCGCGCGACUCCAGAGUGCUCCACGCGGCGUCUCUGGCCUUUUCCUUUUUUCUCCACUUUUUCUCUCUCUCUCUCUCUCUCUCUCUCUCUCUCUCUUAACGCAUUCUCAUUUCUUCACGCGUAUUCCGUUCACUCGCGAGAAAGGUGGCAUCGGCGCGUUUACUCGCCCGCUGACCGGCAGCACGUGCGGAUCGGUGUUUCUGCGCCGACAGACACGAAGGCGUGUUUGCAUAGUCGAUUUUUUUACCGAUCGAUUAAAGGCGCCACGCCGAUAUCACGAUCGAACGUCGUGCUCGAGGGGGCUGCUUGACGAAUAUUAUCUCUCGGCGUUAUACGUCGCUUGAUUUAUACACGCUGUGACUGGGUAGACGAGCGAGCUAGGCAAAUAUUUGGCUGCGAUAUCGGUCGAGGGGAGCGACUGAAACGAUCUCGCAAGCCGAUUUCGCGAUUAACGCCCGACGACGUUAGCUACUGCUGCAGGACCUGUUUCGGCGUUCUAUCUGGUACAUAGCGAGCAGUCAUGAGGUCGAGAGGGAUGUUGGACGCCUGGAGAUCUUGUUGCGUGAACAUCCCGCAACGAUGGAUCUUGGCGCUGAUGGGCUUUCUGGGCCUGUUCAACGCCUACGCGAUGCGCGCCUGCCUCUCCAUCACCAUCACGGAGAUGGUCGUGCCGAUCGAGCACUCGAACGAGCCCUCGGAUUACACCUGCGAGUCAACCGAGAACAUCACCUCCAGUGGCAAUAGCACCAUAGGCAGCGGUGGCAAGGGCUCGUACGAGUGGAGCGAGUACACUCAGGGUAUCAUCUUGUCUUCCUUCUACUGGGGCUACGUCGUGACCCACUUGCCAGGCGGUAUGAUGGCCGAGAAGUUCGGCGGCAAGUACACCCUGGGCAUCGGCAUCCUCCUCACGGCCGUCUUCACCCUGCUGACGCCCAACGCCGUUGCCUGGGGAGACUCGACGGCCCUGAUAGUCCUGCGUCUGCUGAUGGGUCUGGGCGAGGGCACGACCUACCCGGCGGUCAACGUCAUGCUGGCCCAGUGGACUCCGCCGGAAGAGCGCUCGAAGACCGGCUCGUUCGUCUACGCGGGCGCACCCCUGGGCACCGUGUACGCGACUACGGUGUCCGGUCUGAUCCUGCAGUACUCGAGCAUCGGCUGGCCCGCGGUCUUCUACUUCUUCGGCAGCGUGAACGUCCUCUGGUUCCUGGUCUGGGUGGUGCUCUGCUACAACAACCCGCGCGAGCACCCCUUCAUCUCCGAGAGCGAGGUGAAGUACCUGAACGAGCGCCUGAGCGACCACACGCACCAGAAGCCGCCGCCGGUGCCCUGGCGUCACAUCCUGACCUCGAAGCCGCUCUGGGCCCUGAUCAUCGCGCUGAUCGGCCACAACUGGGCCUUCCUCACGAUCGUCAGCGACCUGCCCAAGUACAUGAGCAGCGUGCUCAAGUUCUCCAUCCAGAACAACGGCUACCUCUCUUCCCUGGCCUACCUCUGCAUGUGGCUGGGAAGUCUGGUCACCUCCUGGAUCGCCGACUGGCUCAUCGCCAAGGGUCACAUGAGCAUGACCGGCGUCAGGAAGGUCGGCACGACGAUCGCCCUGAUCGGCCCGGCUCUCUUCAUCGUAGGUGCCUCGUACGCCGGCUGCGACAGGGUCAUGGUCGUGGUCAUGUUCACCAUGGGCAUGGCCCUCAUGGGCACAGCUUUGCCCGGUAUCAUGGUCAACGUGCUCGACCUCAGUCCGAACUACGCCGGGACGCUGAUGGCCCUGACCAACGGGAUUUCCGCGCUGACCGGUAUCGUCACGCCCUACAUCGUCGGCGUUCUGACGCCUCACCAGACCAUCACCGAGUGGCGGUCCAUCUUCUGGAUCGUCUUCGGAGUCUCCAUAGCCACGAAUGUGGUCUUCCUGCUCUACGGCAGCGGCGAGGUCGAGUACUGGAAUGACCCCGAGUUCGUGAAGGAGGAGAGGAGACGAAGGAAGAACAAGAACGUCGAGGAGAUAGAGACGUAGCGCACGGUAAGCGCGCGCGUUGCUGCUUCGACGUACAAAUUUAUCGUUACGUAGGGGAACUUGCGAUUACGCUGUAUUAGACGUUUUUUCGAUAUUAUAUUUAUGAUGUACUAUUUGUAUUACUUACCGCACACGCCUUUUUCACGCAAUGCAGUGUGGCGGCACGAAGUCUUCUUACACCUUGUACCAUCUAUAGCGCAUUGUGAUUUAUAAUAUGUAUGACCUUACGGCGCAGCUUUUCUUCAUCCUUAUAUAUAGUACUUAGAACCGAUCGAUAGGUCAACCAGUUGGCUUGUUUAUAAUGUCUGCGAUUAUUAUAAAUGUUAUUUCAUUGUUGUUCUCGGGCAGAGAUUUUACCAUUGUGUAGGGAUCGAUCGAUUGUAAAUCAAUUUUUAAAGUCGUUGUAACGGAUAAACAUAAGAAAGAGUGAUUCAUAUACGUUGAGUUCGAGUAAAAGCAAUCUCAAAAAGCGUUAAAAAGAGAUACAUUCCCAUUUCAAGCGUAGUUCACCGAGUAUGGUGUAGUGUGAUGAAAUCGGAUCAUACGGUCAAGGCCGCAGUGCUCGUUUAAAAGUUUAUACUUUUUUUCAAAAUCGCAUCUGAGAUAUGUAAGCAAGGAUGCAUCAUGACUAUAAACUAUUAAAAUCCACUAGACAAAUUAAACAAUUUCAGUUCAGACUAUUAUCUGUGAUGGUUGUAAUAGUUUUGUCACUCGAAAAUUCACAAGUGCGGUUUUUCUAUAUAUUAGCUAUAACUUAGUUGUAAAAUAUAAUGAUAUGCAAAGUUAUUGAAUAAACAAAAUAUUUUAAAAUUUAUGUCAUAUAAAUAUAGAUUAGUGGUGAAAUUAUACACAUUUGUUAUUGCAUUAUUUCGGGAUGAUAGCAUGAAUAGUUAUUGAUAAAUAUAUGAGUAAAAACAUUAAUCGUC